AAUGCAGAUGUACGUACAAAAAUAUUAACAAUUUUGAUCUCAGAUGUUUUAUUAUUAAAGGAAAAGCAAAAAAAAGUUAAAUAAAUAAAAUGUUUGUUAAAAAAAUAACAUUAAAAAGAAAAUAAAAACAACCAGGAUCAAAGACGCACUGCAGUCAUCGCAUACGGCUUAUACGGACGAAGGGAUGAGUCAGCAAUUUUUUUUUUAAAUUAUUAUGGUUGGGAAUAUGGUAAGAAACACCCAAAAGCACUUGCUUUUGUCUGUUUUCUCUCCGGCCCUAUUUGUUUAAUUUUUGACAGCUCUGAACCGCGGACGCCUUAGGUGAUAUUUGGGUAAACAAAAAAAAAAUAUAUAAACAGCAAAUAUUUAUUUUAAAACAAAUAAAUAAAAACACCAGGCCGCAGGCCAAUUUUUUUAAACAAAAUCGCGGUUUUUAUUAUUGCAAACUGAAAAACAAUGAGGGAAAAAAAUAAUUGGAACACGAAGAAAAAAUCAAAAGAACGGGGAAAAAAGUUUUUUUUUCAACUCCUUGUGAAGCAGUCGCUAAAUACACUUCAAUAUAUUUAAAAAAAUGUAUGUAAAAUCGAUCUAAAAAAAAACACUCCACGACUGCAUAAAACUGAAGUAACUUUAAAACAAAAAAAAAGCAAAAAAAAGAUAAAAAUUUAAAAAAAUUAAAAACAAAAAACCCUUAAAAAAACAAGUCAACGCAAUGUACAAAAAUACCAAAAUUACUAAUUUUUCACGUAACAUUUGCAUUUUGAAUAAACAAACCAAAAAAAAAGUAAAAAAAAUUCUUGGUUUUUUUUUCUUUUAAUAAUUACUACUACUACCCUUACUCCAUUGCCCUGUCAAGUCCAUAUCAUCUACGGCAGGUAAGUACAUGAGGUUCAACACAUAAUAAAUUUAAGGUUUAAAGUUAACAAAUUUGGAGGUACGCAGAAGCGUUCAAGUGCAGCAGGUGGCCAAAAGAUGUCGAAGUAAGACUCAUCGUCGAUGAGGUUGAUGUAAAAUAUAAAGUGAUUUUUGUUAUUUUAGGCAUCAAUUCCCCCCCUCUCACGAUAAAAUGAAAGAAAUGAACUAUAUAUCAAGCUAGGCUUAAUACAAAUGUAAAAAAAAAUUCAAAUUGUCAGUAUGCAAUAAGAUAUACUGCUUUUAAGAUAUCGAGAGAAAAAAAAAAAAAGUCUUAGGGAACACUUAAAUAGUUUAGGUGUUUUCUUACGUUGUCAACUGUACGUUCUCACUCUACAAGAAAUGUAAUAAUUUGUAAACGGGCUGGUCUACACCCUAAAAAAAUUAUCUUUGGGAUGAAAAACAGUCAAUAAUUGCAAAAACAUUUAUUAUUGACUACUGCAAGAUCAGCAUAUGGAAGAUUUGAGCCAUCACUACUCUUAUUCAACAAACCUUAAUUUUUGAAAGGAAAACUGGAGAAUUUAAAAUAUGUAGAAGAAAUGUCGUCCAGUAUUGUACGCAUUUCGGUUCGGUCUUAUUCGAAGGCGGUUGACCCGAUACAGCAGCUAUUUGUCGACAAGAUACGCGAGUAUGACCAGAAGCUCAAGGCGAAUGGAGGCGCCCUCUUCGAUCCGACACCCGAGCUCGAAAGGGAACGGUCGAACCAAUACCUGAUGCUCAAGAGGCAACUCUUUAAAGAUUCAAAUCCGGAGAACCUGACCCAAUUCCCGGAGUUCAGAUUCGAAGACAGGCCUCUUGACGAUAUCAACAUGGAACCAAGUAAAAAGAAUUGAUUGGACUUUAUUUAAAAUUAAUUGUAUGUGUAUGGUGUUAAGUAGAAAGGCGAAGGCCUUGGAAGGAAGCAAUGAAAGCAACUCAGUUAAAACUGUUAUUAAAGUUAUUUAAAAAGUU